GCCGCCCUUCCUCCGGACGUGGGCGCGCGGCGGGCUGGGCGGCGCGGCGACCCUGGCCCCGCAGGUGCUCCUGGCCGGCCUGGCCCGCGUGUACGGCAACGUCUUCAGCUUCUUCGUGGGCCACUACCUGGUGGUGGUCCUCAGCGACUUCCACAGCGUGAAGGAGGCGCUGGUGCAGCAGGCCGAGGUGUUCAGCGACCGCCCGCGGAUGCCGCUCGUCUCCAUCAUCACCAAGGAGAAGGGGGUCGUGUUCGCGCGGUACGGUCCUGUCUGGAGGCAGCAGAGGAAGUUCUCGCACUCGACUCUGCGCCACUUCGGCCUGGGAAAGCUGAGCCUGGAGCCGCAGAUCAUCGAGGAGUUCAAGUUCGUGAAGGAGGAGAUGCAGGCGCACGGGGACCAGCCCUUCAGCCCCGGCCCCAUCAUCAGCAACGCCGUCUCCAACAUCAUCUGCUCCCUGUGCUUCGGCAAGCGCUUCGACUACACCAACAGCGAGUUCAAGGACAUGCUGGGGUUCAUGUCGCGGGGCCUGGAGAUCUCGCUCAACAGCCAGCUCCUGCUGGUCAACGUGUGCCCCUGGCUCUACUACCUCCCUUUCGGGCUGUUCAGGGAGCUAAGACAGAUCGAGAAGGACAUCACCGCUUUCCUCAAAAAGAUCAUCCAGGACCACAAAGAGUCUCUGGACAGAGAGAACCCGCAGGACUUCAUCGACAUGUACCUCCUGCACGCGGAGGAGGAGCGGAGGAGCGGCAGCAGCAGCUUCAACGAGGACUACCUGUUCUACAUCAUCGGAGACCUCUUCAUCGCCGGGACCGACACCACCACCAACUCCCUGCUCUGGUGCCUGCUCUACAUGUCCCUGCACCCCGACGUGCAAGAAAAAGUUCAUGAAGAAAUCAGAAGGGUCAUUGGUCCCAGUCGUGCCCCUUCCCUCACGGACAAGGCCCAGAUGCCCUACACUGAAGCCACCAUCAUGGAGGUGCAGAGGCUGACCGUGGUGGUGCCACUGUCCAUCCCGCACAUGACCUCGGACGCAACAGUGCUCCACGGCUACACCAUCCCUAAAGGCACUGUGAUCUUGCCCAACCUGUGGUCGGUGCACAGAGACCCAGCCAUCUGGGAGAGACCAGACGACUUCUACCCUGAUCGAUUUCUAGAUGACCAAGGACAACUGAUUAAAAAAGAAACCUUCAUUCCCUUUGGGAUAGGGAAGCGUGUGUGCAUGGGAGAGCAGCUGGCGAAGAUGGAGCUAUUCCUGAUGUUCGUGAGCCUCAUGCAGGCCUUCUCGUUCGCUCUGCCCGCGGGCGCUCGGAAGCCCCUCCUGACCGGAAGGUUUGGUCUCACUCUAGCCCCGCAUCCCUUCGACAUAGUCACCUCUAAGAGAUGAAGGCCGUGGGUAAGGAGGGGCGGCCCACACCUAAGUGCACGCCUUCUGGACUCCUUCCUGCCGCCACGACGGGGUCUGGGCAGGCCAGCUUAGAGACUGGAUGUGGACGCAGUGCCCAGGGCUUCGUCUUGGGGAAUCCCUCAGUGGGCCACCUCUGCCAUGUGAGUGGGGCUGUCUGUGACUUAGGGGAGGGGGACAAGGACCGGAUGAGGCAGCAGGCAGUGUACUGAGUCACAGUGGCUGCCAUGGGUCGAACGUCUGCUAGUGGACGAGGGGGCCACCUCGCCGCCUCCUGCUUCCGUCAGAACCCAAGUGCCCCCUCUCCUUCCUGACAGCCUUGGACACUGUAAGUUCUGGAAGGAGAUUCAGCAGCAGGCCCAUCUGCUGGCUCGAAGGUCGCGUCCAGUGCUGAGCACUCGGCCAGAGCCGCAUUGAGGGAGACUAUCCCCAGCAGUUCUCGGCUUCCUUGGGCUUGCUCUGUCGCUGCCCUCUGACCCAUGAUUUUAGCUUUUACUUUCUGUAGACAUGGAGAUGAAGUAGACCCUCACUCAGUGUGUGGAGGGAGAAAGAAAUCAGGGUCACGAAUUCCCUACGCGCUUAUUGUCAUUAAGAGAACUGAAGGGUUCCUUAAUAAAGAAGGUAUUCUAGAAGACCAGUUUUCAACAGGGGCCUAGCCUCUUCAGGGGGCGUCUGAAAUGUGCCUUUGCGUUUUGGUUGUCACAGUGAUGGGCGUGCUACUGGCUUCUGCAGUCUGGGGCCAGGGUGACGAGGGUCCCAGCACUCUGUGCGAGGAAGACUCGUCCUGCCAGCACCCUCCGAGCGCGAGCUCCGAGGAACGCCUAGCCCCUGGCUCUCCUUCGUACUCCUGGGGUAGAACUGGCCGCUGUCACACUGAGCCACCCUGUUGGAGCGUUCCUCACGCCACUGCCAUCCUUCCUGCGGUGCUUGUGUGCUGGUGUUGUCUGUACGGAAAUUCCAAUACGAGGGGGCCAUUUCGUAGCUUACAGAGGUGCGGGCGCACAGUACCGGACCCGGUCUCAGACCCAUGGCCUCUCUGAGUCGCUGUGUGGCACUGCCACCACGUGGCCCCUUCCAGUCGACCGACUGCCUCCUGCAGCAGCUGUGCGUGUCCGUCCCCACCCCAGACCAAGCUCCUGGAGCUGAGGUGGCCCUGCCAUUGGCCUUCCUCCCAGGGCCUGGCUCACAGCGACCCUGGUCAGCACCCAGUGGCUUUUAUGCAGGAAAUCCCAGCCCCAUCAGAAUAACCACAGGGCGUAUUUUUAUUGCUUAGAGGUACUUAAAAAAAAAUCAGUGUUAUUUUUUAAUUAAGGCCAGUAUUUUUUAAAUUACUGACUGUCCCUUCGUUUUAAACAAUCAUUGUGAACAGACUGGAGCCUUGCUGUUGAAACGUGACCCAAUGUGAGCCCUGCAGGACCGGCCUCUCCUGGGCUCUGGCUGGAUCCACCUUCCUGCGGAGGGCGAGCUCCUGCUCCCCCUGCUGGCGGAGCCAUGGCCAAGGCGAGGUCGAGAGUGGUGGUCCCAACCUCUGCCACCAGCCUGGCUGGGUUUCCCAGCCGGGUGGAGAUGCCUGUCUGCAGACUGACAAGACCUCACGUGUCACAGCCACCCCGGGGCAGUUCCAGCUUCUGGCCUGAGAACGCCAUUCCAGGGCUCCGAGUGCGAGCCUAGUUUUCCCUUCGAUUUAGCACAUUCCUGGGAGACUUCUGUGUGUUCCAGGGAUGGCCAAAAAAAAAAAAAGUAUUAAAAAAAAAAAAAACCCUAAGGAAGAAGAGAGCUGAGUUUAUGUAGUCAAGUAUUGGCUGAGUUUUGACCAUGUUCCUUGUAUUAACUAAUGUCUCAUUUUCCUUCAUAAA